AUGACCAACGAAGAAACGCCGUUGAUUGACAAGCGGGAGGCCUCUUUGUCGCGGGAGAACAGCUCAUCCCGGGGCAGAGGGUACCGCAGCUCUUCUGCUGGCAAGCACUAUCCUCGAGGACGAGACGAGACCACUGAAGAGGAGAGAGGCUCAGGGAGACGAUCGUCCGAGACAAUUGAUCCUCGAUACAACAGCACCCGACGACCUUCCAGUGCCAGUGUUCUUGGAAUUGAGCGAGGGGGUCCCCGGGAGCAUCUAAGCAUCCAUGUUGAUGAGGAGAGAGAGGGGCGAGACUUUGGAUCUUCUCCUACUUCCCCUUGCCUUUCUCGAGCUCAGUCUCCUAUCAGACGACGGACUCUGUACUCGCCCAUUCCUCUCGCUCCUGGAGCCUUUGGACAGGCACUGCAUACUCUCAACUCCAUGUCUUCUCUGCCUACCCGAGAAGAGCGUCUUUCGCAGCUCAAUCAGCUCACGGAACUGCGUCCUUUCCGGCUGAUUGGCUACUCUCGUCCUCUCACCAACUGGGAGGUGUACCGUAGCGACAGCGAGAUGCGGAAGGGCAAGUCUGCCGGAGUACGGCGGUUCUACGAUAACCAAGACGAGCUCAUUGACCGGUUUGAAGCCGUGGACAAGAUUCUGGACUCUGGAAUCCACCACACGCUUCUUAGAACCUACGGAACCGAUCUGGUGGAUGUAGACGAGAACUCCACGCCGGAAUUCAGACAGGGAGUGCCUGCUAACAUCCAUGAAGAUCUUGAAUGGGGCACUUCUCGAGUUGAGUCUCAGACGGACAUUAUGAUCGCCAUCUACGUCAAUUUCUUCAUCAACACAGUUCUCCUGGCUGGUAAACUGUGCGUUGCAUUCCUGACAAACUCGCUGUCCGUUGUUGCUUCCGUCGUAGACUCCGUUCUGGACUUUAUGUCGACCCUCAUCAUCUGGCUCAGUACCAGACUUGUCGACAGAAAGGACUGGGAGAGUCAACAGAGCUAUCCCGUUGGUCGAUCGCGUCUGGAACCCAUCGGUGUUCUGGUCUUCAGUAUUCUCAUUGUUCUGUCGUUUUUGCAGGUCGGAAAAGCGUCAGUAGAACGACUCAUCUCAGGAGAUCACUCCACCGUCGAUGUGGGUAUCCCUGCUUUGGCCGUCAUGUCCCUAACCAUCAUCGUCAAGCUGUUUUGCUGGGUCUGGUGCCGAAGAUCGCCUUCUUCUGCUGUCCAGGCUCUCGCCCAGGACGCCAUGACCGAUAUCGUGUUCAACACUUUUUCGAUCGUGUUCCCCCUGGCCGGCCAGCACCUGGACAUUUGGUGGCUGGAUCCCAUUGGAGCCAUCUUCCUGUGUCUCUACAUUAUCUAUUCCUGGGGAGCUACAGGUCUAGAACACAUUGACAACCUAUCUGGCGCGGCAGCUGACCCGGCAGACCGCCAGAUGGUGUUGUACAUGUGCAUGCGUUUCGCAGACUCCAUCCGAGAAGUUUCUGCGCUCAACGUGUACCACGCCGGAGACCGUCACGUGGUCGAGGUCGACAUUGUCCUCGACUGCACCUCUCUUAGAGACGGUCACGACAUUGGCGAGGCUCUUCAGUACGCCAUCGAGACGCUUCCUUUCGUGGAGCGAGCCUUUGUGCAUCUCGACUACCGAAGAGACAACUACGCCGGACAUAUCCCGAGGUAA